GGCAUAUAAGGAACAUUCCAGUAGCUAAUCCGAAUCAUGAAUUUUGAUAACUUCUUUGAUCGACUUGUCCAGACUGAGAAUGAACGUAGGAAGAGACCUUACGAAGUUUGUCACGAAUUGGAGAAUCUCAACACGCCCCGUUAUUUAUCACGAAAGGCAAAUGGGUGGGAAUAUGUGCGCCCUUCACGCCAUCAACAGCCUUUUGCAAGGGGCUUACUUCACAGCUACUGUUUUGGCCAAUAUUGGAUAUGAAUUGGACAGUCAGGAGAUGGCACUUAUCGAAUCUCCGUCAACUGAAGGCCACGGUAUUGCUGAUGAUUAUAAUUCUUGGAGCAAUUUCGAUCCAACUGGCAACUAUUCAAUCCAGGUCAUCACAGUUGCCCUAUCUUACUUCCAGCUGGAAUUGAUACCGCUAAAUAGUUCCAAUCCUAGAGCCAUCUCAUCACGCCAGUGCACUUGUAAUGAACAAGCUUUUCUGUGUCACAAAAAUAACCACUGGUUCACGCUACGCAAGUUUGGGACAAGAUGGUUCAAUCUGAACUCUCUCUACCCGGGUCCUGAAGAAGUCCAUCACGACGGGAUUCAACUUUCUCUUUUCGCUACAAAAGAAUCGAUUGAGGAUUUCACAGGGAUUUUCAUAGUGAAUGGAAAUCUAGAACGCAUGGUAAUGAACCGAAUUCCACAGUAUUCCAGCGAGGAAGGUUAUGGAGACGAAGACGAUAAUGAUCGCAAUAAGACAACGGAAGAAUCAGAAAGUAAAUUGAGUCAACUUCUUUCUUAUAUACACAAUCUACUAAAUUAGCAAAGCGAUGAAGGACAGCCGACAGCGACGUUAACGGAAGAGAGAUGUCUUGCUCUUGCAUCAUUAAUUGACAAGUCUUUGAGUGAAGAGAAAUUAAAUAAACU